AUGGUUAUCCUCGCGGCCUCCGUAUGCACAAGGGGCGGCAAGCCCCUACUGUCCCGCCAGUUCAGAGAGAUCCAGAAGUCCAGAGUGGAAGCACUCCUGGCGUCAUUUCCCAAACUCGCCGAUUCCUCGACACAGCAUACAACCGUGGAACAAGAAAAUGUCCGCUUCGUCUAUCAGCCGCUGGACGAGCUGUACCUCGUCCUGAUCACCAACAAGAACUCCAACAUCCUACAAGACAUAGACAGCCUGCACUUGUUUGGCCAGGUGGUGACAUCGAUCUGUAAGAGAGUUGACGAACGCGAGAUCCUGCGCAAUGCAUUCGAACUGCUUAGUGCCUUUGACGAGCUCGUCACGAUGGGCUACCGAGAGAACCUGUCGCUGAGCCAGAUCAAGACGUUCCUGGAAAUGGAGUCUCAUGAGGAGCGCAUUCAAGAGAUCAUUGCGCGUAACAAGGAGCUUGAAGCCUCGGAGGAGCGGAAACGCAAGGCCAAACAGCUCGAAAUGCAGAGAAAGGAAGCAGCGCGCUCUGCCGCGUAUGGAAGAGGUGUCGCGCCCAAGAUUUCGCAACAGCCCACAUACACUGUCCCAGCACGGCCAGAAGCACCAUACGACACGUACGAAGCCGAAAAGAAUAAGAUCACAAGCAAGUUCGCAGCCUCGCGCCCCACAAAGGGCAUGCAAUUGGGGAAGAAAUCAAAGACGUCCAAUGCCUUUGCUAAAGUCCAACAAGAGCUCGGUCCGGGUGCCGUUGACGCUGAACAGCACACCUCAUCAGAUCACCUCGAGACCGACCUCCCAGACCGUACCCUCGCAACCACCUCAGCCCACCAGCAGACUCUCUCCGCCGCCACCACUCCAAUCCUCAUCUCCCUCACAGAGACGCUGAGUGCCAAGCUCACUCGAGAAGGAGCACUGAAGUCUUUCGAAGUCAAAGGCGACCUACAACUCAAAAUCACAGACCCGGCUCUUACGAAGCUAGCUUUGUCCGUCCGCGCAGUCGAGGGCCCACUGAAGGCGCAGUUCCGCCCACAUCCCAAUGUGGACAAAAACCUGUUCUCCUCGCAAAAGCUGAUUCAGCUGAAAGACACCAGCAAACGCUUCCCAACAAACAACAGCAUUGGCGUUCUGCGUUGGCGCGCCACUGCUGCUGCAGACACCCCUGACGUUCUCCCCAUCACUUUCACAGCGUGGGUCAGCAAGUCCGACGACAGCUACACGAUCACGAUCGAGUACGAACUCACCCAUCCGGACCUCACACUGCGCGAUGUCACAGUGACGAUCCCGUACUCAACGGCCGAGCCGGCCGUCUCCUCGUUCGACGCCAUUUACCAGGUAACGGGCGACUCGCUAGAAUGGACGAUCGGAACGAUCGACUCGGACAAUCCUAGUGGCAGCUUCGAGUUCGAGGCGCAGACAGACGAUGAUGCAGAGUUCUUCCCAAUGACUGUGGGCUUCGAGAUGAGCCGGCCUUUUGUCGAAGUCGACGUCAACGGUGCCCGGCUACUUGAAUUGGACGAAGAGGUCAAUUUUGAAAAAGCCGUCAAGGCUACUGCCGACGGCUUUUUGAUUGAGUAG